CCACCUGGAUAUUAUCCACAAGGUGCACCAUACCUAAAAGCUGAUGGUGGUUAUCUUUCUGUAGACAAACACCCUCCUCCACAUACAAAUGGCGAAAAAGGAAUACCAGAUAAUUCACAAAAUAAUAGUUUUAAUUCACCUGAAAAUUUUGACUUUAGCAACAAAACUAUACAUAAAAACUUCAUUUGUUUACAGUAUUGUAAUGUGCAACCUACUAAUCACAUUAAUGAUUGUGACUAUGGCAAGUUUUUAUGGGGAAACUAAGCAUUUUAUUAAAAAAAAUCAAUGGUUUAAUACUAUUGCAUGUUUGAUUGUUUUUGGGAUUUUAAUAGCAAGGUUUUGGUUUGUAGAAUUAUAUCGCAAGAGUCCUUUCAACUUUAUUCUUUUGUUUGUAUUCACCCUAGCUGAAUCUGUAACAAAAAUAUUCUUUUCAUAUCAAUAUGCAGAACAAAAUGACAUAAUAAUGGCUAGUGGCUUAAUGAUAUUAAUAUGUUUUGCUCUUAUAAUAAUUGCUUCUCUUACUAAAAUAGAAUUUACAGUUAAGGGUUGUUUUUUAUUAAUAGCUGCUAUAAUUCCUGUAAUUAUACUAAGUGCAUUUAUUGUUUCUAUAUUUUUCCCUGAUAUAUUGAUAACAUUCAUAAGUGCAUCUUUACAAGCAAUCAUAUUUUCCUCAUUUCUUAUUUAUGAUACCCAAAAGAUAAUUAGUGGUAAUCAUAAGUAUUCAAUUUCUCCAAAAGAGUAUAUAUUUACAGCAUUAACCAUCUUAUUAGAUUUUAUAAUCUUUUGCUUGGCAAUUUUAUUAUUAAUACUUAUUGGUGCAUUCUUACUAAUGAUUUUCAUGUUUAUAAUACAAUUAAUUAUGAAAAAUGAAUAAUUAAAAACACGUAUUUAAUAAUAUCUUUUUAAAUAUUUUGAGUUAAGCAAAUAUAUAACAUGCUUAUAAGUAGGGCUAUGACUAGAAAGCGGAUUUUUAGGUUUUUACAUAUUUUUAUUGGUUUUAUGCAGCUUUAUGAGAGUGAAAAACGUGGACGACUUAUCCAUCACAGAGUUCGUAAGAAAAAAUUUAUUUGGCAUAUUAAAGCAUAUUUUAGAAUAUAUUCUAUUAUUGUUCAUAAAAAAU